AUGAUUGUUCCAAGAAACGUACAAGAAAGGUUUGAGCAAAUUGAUGUGAAACACAUCUAUCGCAAAUACAAACGAGUCAAGAAAUCUAUCUAUCUAUCUAUCUAUCUAUCUAUCUAUCUAUCUAUCUAUCUAUCUAUCUAUCUGUCUGUCUAUCUAUCUAUUGCGGUCUGUUUCUAUCUCUCUAUCUAUUGCAGUCUGUCCCUAUAUAUCUAUCUAUCUAUUGCAGCCUGUCCCUAUCUAUAUAUCUAUUUAUCUAUGGCGGUCUGUUCCCUAUCUAUCUAUCUAUCUAUCUAUCUAUCUAUUUUGCGGUCUGUUUCUAUGUAUCUCUCUAUUACGGUUUGUUCCUAUCUAUCUAUCUAUCUAUCUAUCUAUCUAUCUAUCUAUCUAUCUAUCUAUCUAUCUAUUGCGGUCUGUUUCUAUGUAUCUCUCUAUUACGGUUUGUUCCUAUCUAUCUAUCUAUCUAUCUAUCUAUCUAUCUAUCUAUCUAUUUAA